UGUCAAUAGAUUUACAAAUAGCUCCACAGCACACGUUGUUUCUGUAUUUUUUUACAACGAACUGUCGCUUAAAGUAGCUAGCUGACGCUACCUGCUUGACACUUUCUUUGAUAAAUUGUCUUUACGAUUACGUUUACUUUGAUAAUACUUACUUAAUCUUGGGCGCGUUUGUCCCAGUCCCUACAUCAAUAUCUCCUGUCUUGCACCGGAAUACGACGGACUUUCUAAGUCUAAAGCAGAAGCCAUGAUCUAUGGGAGCGUCAGGAUCGAAAUCGUCAAAGUUGAAAAAAAAUUCUGGCAGUCCUUGGCGGGGGCCUUCAGGGCACCCCCUCCGGGACCCCCUUCAACUCUGACACAUCCCAGCAUAGCGUGGUGGCUAGCUCGAAAAGGGGCGAAUGUGUCAGAGUUGAAAUGCAAAAUCCCGGCACCUCUCCAGGGGUCCCCGGGUUUUUUUUUCAACUUUGAGAAUUUCGAUCCUGACACACCCAUAUGAUCAUGUUGCAACGUAGUGAAAGUGAUCAACUUUACAGAAGCGCGAAGGCGAACUUAUAUCAGCCUCGCAUUACUACAGCAAGUUCAAGUAGAACUACGACUACAUCGCUAGCGGCAAUAAAGACGUCAACAUUUUCUGCAAGUACACAAGGAGAAUCUGUUGAGUCCAAAUCUUCUCCUCGUACUCAUAAGGGGCUUCAAUACCUCGCUGUUUCGUUUUCUUCUCCACCAGCUCGUUUUGUGAGUUGUCGCAAGUCUUCACGGUCCUCUUGCCGCAGUUGUUGCAGUUCUUUUGCAAACUUGCAGUGCUUCUUGCGCCUCUUUGGUCAGAUUUGCGCGUUACUAACGAUGGCGAGAUUGUUGGCGCUUGUGCAAGGCGGCACUUUUGCUGCAAAUUACGUCGCAGGCUGGAACACUAAGCGGCGUUCCUACGGACCCUACGGGGUUCAGAAGUACAAUGACGAGUACCCAAGGCAGGUGCAAAUACAACUGGACGGCAUCAACUCCGUCGACUCAAACCCCGCCUCGCCGCCGGAUGUAGAGCCUGAGCCUGCAGAUGCUGCGGACCACAGCCCCGGUGGAGGUCUUGCGCAAAUCUGGGACAAUGAAGAACUCGACACGUACGUGGACCGGCUGGAUACCUCUUCCUCGCUCGACGUCCUGAACGGGGAGGGAAAUUUUGGGUACUUCAUGCAGCGCGUCAAGUGGAUGUUGGAAACGUGUACGGACGAGAACCCCAUGCUGAUUUUCCUCGGCCGACCCUGGAUGUUGCCGAAAACGUCCCGGCUCCGCGUCCUGUGGGAGGGGCGCCAGGGCACGCGGCGCGGGUUUCGCACGCUCUUGGAACAGCAGGGGAGGCUCCUGCUCGAGAGCGAGAGGGGCAUUGCACACCGGAGACUGCUGGAAGACGGCAAGCGAAGCCGGUCGGACCAGAAACUGCGCAGCAUGGAGGCGGAGGAAGCGUUUCUGAAGGAUUUGGUCCAAGCCAUGGUGGAAGAGCAAUUUGGAAGCAGCGGAAGAUCGGCCAAAACUAUUGGCAAGACGGCAACCUCCGCGCCUACCUCCAAGAGCCACGCGCAACACCAUUUAGAGAAGAGUCUGCGCAAAUUCGCCCGCAAUCUCGACGAAACUGCCGCGGUGCUGCAGGAAUCCUACAAGUUUCUGCGCUUGACGAGUCACACGCACAUCGUCCUCGGGAAGCGAUUGCUCGGUCUGCUCGGGCAUUACGUGUAUCAAGCGGAGCGCUUUUUUUCAUGUUCAUGAUUCAUGCCAAGAUGAAGAAUUCGUUUUUGUGCCCAAUUUAGCUAGUUACAACUGAACUUGUUCGAGUCUGGUACUUAUCAUGGAGGUUACUUUUCGCUUCCAAUUUUUGACAAAAAUCUACGAUUUCUCGUCAUCAGCAUCACAACAUUCCAGCGAAAAAUGCGUGAAUUACGGGUGCCCAGACGACCGGGAGGAGAUUGCGAUGCGCGUGGACAGUCUGGCGCAAAACUACCUCCAGGACGCCACGUUGCUUCUCCGCGGCGAUUUUUCCAGCUCAGACCCCAGGUUUUGGCGCGGGCUGGACGAGACGGAGAAGUCGCUCUCCAUCAACAGCACUGAUCCUUUUUUCGAGCGGAAGAAGUACCCAAAUGUUCACGAACAGGACGAGGAGAGCUCCAGUGCCAGCGGAGCCCCGGGGGGCACCAGCUCUGGCGAAAAUGCAGAUUCGAGUACAACUACAGCAGCUUCUGCUCCUUCCGGUGGAGAAAAAAUCGUAACCGGCGCGCAGGAGGACGAUGAGGACGAUUUUCUGGCCGCCGAGGACGCACAGCUGCCCUCGAACCAGAUGGUGCGCAAGCGUGGCCCGAGAACGAACCUGAACAAGGUGCAGCGAGCAGCAAGGGGGUCGCACGAUCUGGCGGAUGACUCCAGCGACGAGCAGGAGUUCCUGGCCCUGGUUGGCUCCGGCGGUAAGGGGAAGGGGGAACCAGAUUACAACAGCAAAGGUGGAACAAACAAGGGCCCCCGCAAGGGAACAACAUCAAAAGGUGGUGCCAGUACUAAGGGCUUCGGGAAGGGGCAGAAGUGCAAGCAAAGUCCGGACUCGAAGGCCACGGACUCGAAAGAUUCGGCGCGCGACGGUGCGAUGUGCAGAAAUUUGGAAGACGACGCGAUCCGCACCGCCGACGUGAUUCGCGCCGACACCAGGGAUCGCGAGUACUAUCUGAAUCUGAACAACCGGCACGGACAGGUAGGGCCGCUGGCCGCGGUGUACCGGGCAUUCGAGCCCAAAAUGACCAAGGAAAUGCUCUUUUCCCACUAUCUCGGCGUGGUGCUGGAAUUUCUCGACGCCCUGACCGCGUUCAUCCAAAAAGAGCCGAACUUUCCCGGCACGAUGUUGCAACUGGUCCAGAAAAUCUCCGACGCGCACUGCGGAUUGCAAUACCGACUCAACGCCCACGCCUCGAUGUUCCUCACGACGCACGCCAUGCAGCCACCCACGUUGCACCUGCCCUGGUCCUACGAUCGGAGGUUCGUCUAUGACACCCUCAGAAUGGAAAUCCUCAAAGUGGAAAUAAUUUGUGAUGCAGGAAGUGCGACACCAAAAAGACUGUAUUGCAGAGGACGCAAUGGAGGCCGACUAUGGUGCUUCUACGGGUUCAGAAUUGGGCUGCUGAUUAGCAUGAGAGAAGGGCAUCCCUUUGCCUAACUAGCACGACAGACACGCUUUGAGUGCCCGGGAAAUUUGUCAUGCGCCGACUAGAAAGUCGCUCCAACUGGAGUCGUUUUUUUGCAUUACAAAUUAUUUCCACUUUGAGGAUUUCCAACCUGAGGCUCUCAUAUCGUCUUCGAGGAUCGCGCGUGCUGCCGCCGGUACCACGUACUGGGAAGAUUGAUGGACGACCUGAGGGUAUCGCAAGAAAAAACUGUUUCACUGUGAACCUGUGAUGCAGAGAACGAAACACCACAGCGGUUGUCUUGCUACACCUGCAACACAACGGAUUUUUAGGCGUGUUUCCUCUUGGAAAACGCGCAUGACAAAUUUUCUGUGUCAUGUGUAGCAAACUUGUGAUGCAGAUCUUGCAAAACCAUCACGGUGAAACACUUUUUUCGUCGGAUAGAGGGACAAGUUUGGACACAAUAGGCAGCUCGUCGGCGUCGAGGUCGGCGUUAACAACGCAAUCACGAGCCAGUAUUUUUUUCGUUGUCUUUAUUCAUUUUUUCCACCUCAAUAUUUGGUUGCUCGGUGCAUUUCAGUGAUUUAGUGAAGAAUUAAAGUUGACGCUCGGUGUGGUCGACGUGAGUGAAUCACUUUAGUACUUCCGCCGUCGACGUUCCGGCAGAUUGAUGCAGUGAUCAACAUGGGAAGUAGAAAUAAAAACAACCCGGUUCGAAUAAAAUCUCUCAUAAAAUGAGGUAUCUGCUGAAGAACAUCCCGGACCUGCGGCUGACCGGUCUCGAUCCGUUCAUCAAUGUUACGGAGAGCAUUCAGCAGAUGUCCUACGAUGUGUUCGGUAACUACCCGGACCGCGCGGAGUUGAUCAAGAUAGGCUCCGAAGACUUUGUUGACAGCGUCCCGGACGAGUCGCUCGACUUUGUCUUCAUCGACGGUGACCAUUCCUUUUCCGCCGUGGUCCGCGAUCUCGAGCAGUGGGUGCCGAAGGUAAGAAAGGGAGGACUCGUCUCGGGUCACGACCUCUUCAACCCGGCAUUUGAGGGCGUAUUCGAAGCGCUCACGCUGCUCGCCGAAGACUACCCACGGAUCCAUUACGGGUUCGAUUUCCUCUUCUACUGGUGGAAGCCCGGCGGCGAAGGCGGAGAGGGGUGA